UAAACAGGAAGUUUUGGUUUCUUUGGAGCAUGCGUAAAAUUUAGCGGGAAAUUGCUGAUGGUUGUGGAAUAAAACUUCGCCAACGAAAAAGAAAGGAAAGAUGUCUAACCCUACUCUUAGUUCGGGAGCGCUUGAGGCUAUUAUCAACGGACAAAAUUUUGAUAAACCAGUACUUCAAGUUAUUAGCUCCAAGAAGAUAACGGCCCAGGGGUCUAGUGCAGACAGAUACCGAUUGUUGCUCUCAGAUGGAGAAGUCAGUUAUUCACAUGCUAUGUUGGCCACACAGCUGAACAGUUUAAUGGAUGGAGAGUUGGACAACUUGGCAGUGAUACAGGUGGACAAGUACCUGUGUAACACAAUACAGGGAGACAGGCGUGUGAUGAUCCUAUUGGAUUUGCAUGUGUUACAGCGUGGGUCAGAAGUGGGACAGAGGAUAGGAAAUCCUCAGCAGUACAAGGCUGCAGCAACACAGGGCACCACUGCCGAACACAAUUCUGCACAAUGUCCACCACAAAUGCCAAAACAGGAGGGAGGUGGUCAAAGCUUUAUUGGCACUGUAUCUGACAAGCAGGUUAACAACAAUAUCAAGAAAGAAAACAUGAAUGGAAAUUCAAAGGGAGGUUACUCUUUAAAAACAAAUAAUUCGGGUGGUACUCCAGGCGGAACAUCCAGAGUACAUAAAAUUGACAGCCUCACUCCUUAUCAAAACAGGUGGAAAAUUAGGGCUCGUGUCACACAGAAGAGUGGAAUUCGAACCUGGUCAAACUCAAGAGGGGAGGGCAAACUUUUCAGUGUCACCCUAACAGAUGAUUCUGCAGAGAUUCGAGCCACUGGAUUCAAUGAUGCUGUUGAUAAAUUUUAUGAAUUGCUGGAAGUCAACAAGGUGUACUACUUUAGUAAAGCCACUCUGAAGACAGCAAACAAGCAGUAUACAACAGUUCAGAAUGACUACGAAAUGACCUUUAACCCAGACACCAUUAUUGAACCAUGUGAUGAUGAUAGCAGUCUACCUACCAUGAAUUUCAACUUUGUCAAAAUCAAUGAGCUUGAAAGCAAGGCUCCAACCUCCCUUAUUGAUGUGAUUGGAGUGGUUAAGAACUGUGGGGAUGUGACCACCAUUAUCGGCAAACAGAGUCAGAAGGAGAUCACCAAGCGUGACCUCCAGAUAGUGGACCAGUCAGGAAUGUCGGUCAAUCUUACACUGUGGGGAGCGGAUGCUCAACAGUUUGAUGGUUCAGGUCACCCGGUCAUUGCUGUGAAAGGCGCAAAGGUCUCGGAUUAUGGAGGACGAUCCCUUUCUGCUAUGGCCUCCAGUCAGAUCAUCCACAACCCCGACCUGCGGGAGGGACACAUGCUGAAGGGCUGGUUCGAGCAUGAUGGUCACAAUAUGGACUUCCACGGCUACAAGAAUGACGGAAUGGGAGGUGGUGGGGGAGGUUCAACAAACUGGAAGUGCUUUGCAGAGAUCAAGUCUGAAAACAUUGGUGCAGAUAAACCAGAAUAUUUCACUACCAAAGCUACAGUUCUCUUCUUGCGCAAAGAAAAUUGCAUGUACCAGGCAUGUCCUACAGAAUCCUGUAAUAAGAAGGUUGUUGACCAGGGCAAUGGGAUGUACAGAUGUGAGAAAUGUGCUAGGGAGUUCCCCAACUACAAGUGGAGGAUGAUUUUAUCUGCUAACCUAGGAGACUACUCAGACAACCAGUGGGUGACUUGUUUCCAGGAGUCUGCGGAAGCCAUGCUGGGGAUCAAAGCUGAUGACCUCGGUGCUCUCAAGGACUCUAAUGAGCAAGCAUUUGAUCAAGUGUUCACAGAUGCUUGUUUUAAAUCCUAUAUUUUUAAGUUCAGAGCAAAAGUGGAAACUUACAAUGAUGAAAGCAGAUUGAAAACUGUCACAAUGAAUGCAAGCACCAUAGACUUUAAAGAGCAAUCGCAAAGGUUGAUAGAGGAGAUAAAGAAGUUACAAAUGUGAAUAUGACUUCCUUUUAACAGUGCUAGCUAUGUUGCCAUCAGAAUUGGUUGAAGAUGUACAUAUUUUGUAAAGCUGCAAUUUUACAGUUCCAUGCCCGAGAUGGAACUGUAAAACAUUGAAAACAAUUGUUUAUAGAUGUACAUUUGAUAAUCUUGUUACAUUAUGACCCAUAGCUGAUAUUGAGAUGAGGUUUUUUUCUUCUUCUUUUUUUAAGCCUGUAGAAUAAUUGUUUGAGAUCAUGUAUAACAUUAUUUUGAAAGGGCAUUUCCUUCUGUUUAUGUGCUUAAAAGAUUACAAACAAUGUACAGUGGCAUAGUGUUUGUUCUUUAUCUGUAGUGAUGGUCCUUGUACAUGUAUUUUGAAAAGACAUCUCCUACUGUUAUACGUGUACAGGUAUAAGAUUAAAAGCAAUGGAAAGUAGCAUGCUUUUUUGUUCAUUAUCUGUAGUGAUGUCAGUAGUAUUUGACAUGUAUAUUUAUUACAACAUUGAACGUCUGAAAAUUGUAUCAUUUGAGGAUGUUAAUGCUGUUUGGGUUGUAUUUUGUUUUAACUUAUAGACAUGCAUCUCAAAACCACAUCAUUGAAAUACACAAGAUGUAAAUAAAUACUACGAUAAUUGUAAUUGACUAUUUUAAAGGUUGAAGACUUUGCUGACCACAAAAAUGAAAAAUACUUUGCAUUGAAAGAUGUUUAUUUGAACAACUGAUAAACAAAACAGAAAAUAAUAAACAAAUGAAACAGUGA